CCUGUGCUCUGUCAGAUAUGUGCGGUCGGAGGUGAGUCUGGUUCAGACAUGGGUCCUGGCUGCAGCUCGUGGUGGAGGCGGCUCCUCCUCGUACUCGCCCUGAGCCUGGGGGCCUCUGCAGACCCUCAGUUCCUGGUGGUGCUCCCUGCGGUGGUGGAGUCUGGGAGUACGGUGAAGUUCUGCAUGAGUCUGCUGCAGGUCUCUGAGGAGCUGAACUUCACCGUGAGUCUGAUCAAAGACGAGAAGACGAGUUUACUCACAGACACAGUGGACGACGACACAAACACCUGCAGGACAUUUCAGGCUCCUGUUGUUGAAGAUUCUGAAAUCCAGAAUUUUGAGUUUGAAAUCAAAGGAAAAAACUUUCAACGAUGGGAAACUCACAAAAUCCAAAUCAAGAACCACGGACUGAAAACGUUUAUCCAGACCGACAAACCCCUGUACCUGCCCGGGCAGACAGUGCAUUUUCGAGUGGUGACGUUGGACUCGAAGCUGAGACCUGCAAAUGGUUCGUACGAACUCGUGGAGAUGAAGGAUUACCGUGGUAACCGUGUGGCUCAGUGGUUGGAGCAAAGUUCGUCCGGGAGGAUCCUACAGUUGACCUUUGACCUUGACCCUCAUGCCGUAGAGGGAACCUACUCUGUGUCUGUGAAGGUCAAAGGUCAGAGGCACCCCGUCACUCACACAUUCGUGGUGGAGAAGUACGUUCUGCCAAAGUUUUCUGUUGAAGUGGAGGCUCCAGAUGAAGUCAGCAUCGCUCUGGAAGAACUCUCCUUUAAAGUGUGUACAAAAUACACGUUUGGUCAGUCGGUGCCGGGGCAGGUGGAGGUCAGUGUGUGCAGAGACUUUGAACCACAGAGAUACAGCCCAAGUCCAAAAGUAAACCCCCCUGUGUGCCACAAAGAAGUACAGGAGGUGCCCAAAGAUGGCUGUGCGUCCUUCUCCAUUCCAACAUCUCAGUUUAAAAACAUCUCUCGGAUGGAAGCUGCAUACAGCAUAAACGCCAUGAUGAUCGAAGAGGGAACAGACCUGAAGCAGUCUGUGACGCAGAAGAUCAAGAUCUCCUAUGAAAUUGGAAAAGUGGAGUUUGUGAAUCCUCCCAACAGAUACAACCCUGGUGAAGUACUGGAGCUGCAGGUGAAGGUGGUGCAUUAUAAUAACACACCAGUCUCCCACACUGAGGUCCAUCUGAUCACAGAAGAUGACGAUGAGCUCCAAAAGCUGAAGACUGACCAGGACGGACACGUUACCUUCAGCUUCAACACCAGCUCCUACUCAGGCUCUGUCGGUCUGAAGGUGCAGGUGCAGUUCUCUCCUCCCUCCUCCGUCCCCGGGGAGGACAGCUCUCUCUCCGUCUCCGCUGCUCCUCUGUCUCUGUGUGGACUCAGCGCCGUGGACAAGAGCGUCCUCAUCCAGAAACCAGGGAAAAGUCUGGACCCAGACAAGUUCCUGUCCCUUUUGCCGGUCCAAAGAGCAGAGUCUUUUCCUGAUAGUAUUGAGGACCCUCAGGAGUGCACAAAAGUGCGCUCCAGACGAUAUGUUAUUCACCCACGGAGGAACACUGACGAUGUUUACCACGAACUCAAGAUGGACGUGCAGGCGGCGCCCUCUGCUGGCUUCACCCUCACGCCUCUGUCCUCAGACCAGUACAGGUCGUGUCUCUGCGGCAACGAGCGCAAGACCCUGAGCUGGAUCCUGCUCGCCUCCUCCCUCGGUGAGGUAAACGUUACGGUGACAGCAGAGGCGGUUUCUUCUGACGUCCCGUGUGAUAACGAGGUCCAGAGCCUCCCCGAGCGAGGACGCAAGGACGUGGUGACGAGGACGCUCCGGGUCAAAGCUGAAGGAACAGAAGUGUCCAAGACCUUCAACUGGCUCCUCUGCCCCAAAGAUGAGCCUCUGAAGGAGCAGGUGGAUCUGACUCUUCCUGAAGACGUGAUCCCUGGAUCGGCCCGGGCCUCGGUCUCUGUCGUGGGAGACGUUUUGGGUCGUGCGAUGAAGAACUUGGAUGGUCUCCUGAAGAUGCCGUACGGAUGUGGAGAGCAGAACAUGGCUCUUCUCGCUCCAAACAUCUACAUCCUGGAGUAUCUGAAGAACACACAGCAGCUCAGCCCCGACGUCACCGACAAGGCCCUCAAGUUCCUCCACAGCGGAUACCAGAGACAGCUGAACUACCAACACUCUGAUGGAGGCUACAGCGCCUUCGGCCGAGGAGACGCCAACACGUGGCUGACGGCGUUCGUGGUCCGGUGUUUCUCCAAGGCCCGUGCCUUCGUCUACAUCGACCCAACAAAGAUCACCCUGUCCCGGACUUGGCUCAUGAGCCGACAGAAGGACGACGGGUGCUUCAGACCAUCAGGAGAACUCUUCAACAACAGGAUGAAGGGUGGAGUGUCCGAUGACGUCACCCUCAGCGCUUACAUCACAGCUGCUUUUCUGGAGAUGAACAUGACAGAAUCUGACUCGGUGGUAGAACGUAGCCUCUCGUGUCUGAAGAACCACUCGGAGAACCUGGAGAACCUCUACACCACAGCUCUGAUGGCCUAUGUGUUCAGUUUGGCUGGAGACACAGAGACUCGCGCUCAGCUCCUCCACAGACUGAGCUCCCGAGCCACAGACGAAGGUGGUCAGGUGCACUGGUCUUCUUCUUCUUCUUCUUCUCUGUCGGUGGAGAUCUCGUCGUACGUGCUCCUCUCCGUCCUCACGGCGCCCUCUGUGGGUGUGGAGGACCUGAGCUACGCCUCCAAGAUCGUGCGCUGGCUCACAGGACAACAGAACCCCUAUGGAGGCUUCCAGUCCACUCAGGACACAGUGGUGGCGCUGCAGGCUCUGUCCCUGUACUCUGCUGUGGUCUACAGUCCGGACGGGUCCAGCACGGUCCUGGUCCGGGAUCUGAACCGGCCCACAGAGGGGUCUUUGUCCUUCACCGUGGAGCCGAGCAACAAGCUGCUGUACCAGGAGCGCCCUCUGGGGGGCGCCGCGGGGCAGUACAGUGUGGAGGUGACAGGGAGCGCCUGCACCUCCAUACAGGUCUCUCUGUUCUAUAACGUCCCGGUUCCGUCUGAGGUCCGGACUCUGGGGGUGAAGGUCGAGACUCAGAUGGAGUGCGGCGGCUCGGUGCUCCAGCUCCUCCUACAGGCCGAAUACGGUGGAGAGCAGAACAGCACAAACAUGGUGAUCCUGGACGUGAAGAUGCUCUCAGGGUUUGUGCCUCAUGAAGCGUCUCUGAAGAACCUGGAGUUUGAGUCUGGAGUCGACCGAGUGGAGCAGGACAAAGAUCACAUCCUCCUCUACAUCAAAGAGUUGUCUAAAGAUGUGCCCGUGUCCUUCCGUCUGCGUCUGGUUGAGGAAAUUCAGGUCCAGAGCCUCAAACCUGCUGUGGUCAGAAUCUACGACUACUACCAACCAAGUGACGAGGCAGAGACAGAGUACACGUCCCCGUGUGCUGCUCCAAACAAACACUGAACAUUUUAUAAACAGUAAAUUACAAAUAAACAAACAACAAACGAA